AUGGGCAACUGCACGUGCAGCGGCGAUGGCGGACAACAGAGUGAGAUGGUCGUGUCCAGCAAGAACCGCAUGCAUAUGCGAAAAAUCCAGCUGCCGCGUGUAUCCACAGGCGCGCUGCCUCAGCUGCCGGACCUCAAAGGGACCGCCAAGGCCCCUGCGACAGAGGGAGGCCUCUACGAAGAUCCGGAGUUUCCACCAACGGAUGCAAGCUUGGGUGGCAUCACCGGAGACCAGGCGAACCCGCAGGUCUCAGAAUACCUGGUGGAGAUGAUGAAGCUCGUGGUGCCGGGCUGGGCGCGACCGCGCCAGAUGGUCGGGAAGCAAGCGAGCAAGUACAAGCUUUUUGCGACGGAGGGCGAGCCCUGCCUUUUCAAGCACGUGUCACCCAGGGACAUCGAGCAGGGUUACCUUGGGGACUGCUGGCUUGUGUCCUCCUUUGCUGCCAUUGCUGAGUAUCCCGACCGCGUCCGGUCGCUCUUCAAGCAGCACGAACUCACAGCGGAUGGACGAUAUGAUAUCCGCCUCUACGACCCGCUCGCAGAAGAGUGGCAGGUCGUCACAAUCGACGAUCGCUUGCCAUACUGGCAAAGGCCUGGCAAACAUGGCACGCUGUGCUUUGCCAAGCCAACGAAGGAGAACGAGUUUUGGACUUGCUUGCUCGAGAAAGCCGUUGCCAAGUUUGUCAAGUCUUAUCACAGGAUCGACGGUGGCUUUGAGGCUGUGGCAUUGGAGAUGUUGACAGGCAAGCCAUCUCUCAACAUUCAGGUGAGCAAUCUGGAGACCGAAAUGCACUCACCCUACGUUCUUCUCUGUGGAAAGGAAGAAGGCUCGGCCAAGCAUGCGACAGUUCAUAUGCGCUUGCAGAGCUACGACGCGGGCUGGGGCUUCUGGGGCCAAGAUGCCUCUGUCAUGUGCGAGGGCCAGGUAGAGCUCUCGGACGAUUGGCUUUGGGGCAAGCUUUGUGCCUGGAACGGCGAAGGCUACAGCCUCUGCUGUGGGAGCCGCCAGGAGUACAAGGGUAUCCUUGAGGGGCAUGCCUACACGCUUCUCCGCCUGGUGGAGGUUCCCAUUGAAAGAGACGGAAAAUCAUCGGUGCUGCGCCUGCUUCAUGUCACCUGGUUGCACACAGUCUCGGGUCUCGGUGCAGUGCGGCCUUGUGGCUUCAACUUUGGUGAGAUGCGCAUAGAGGUCCGGAAUCCUCAUCACACCAACGAGUGGUUCGGGAAAUUCCACGAUGACGACUGGGAGACCUGGAAUGCAUAUCCCGAGGCUCUCAAGGCGACUGGACACAAAGUUGGAAUCAAGGACAACGGGGUUUUCUGGAUGCCCUGGGACGAGUUCAAAGGAGGCUUUGCAGACAUUGCAGUGAACUUCGACAAGAAGGACGAAGGCCGUCGCUACACCGACGAGACCAAAGAAGCGGCAGCGGAGCAUCAGAAAGUGGCUUGGGGCCAAGUCGGCUACCAGACAACAAGCUCUUUGCGAGUGGACUGGGUGGAUUCAUGGAAUGUUGUCCACCUGGGAGAGAUAGACCUGAGUUCGUGUGAACCGCGGUGGGUCCGGAAUUCAGGCUAUGGGUGCUGCAACUUCACCACGGAGUUUCGCAAGCAGCAGCUAUCUAUGGCUGAUUAUGGCUGGCUGGUUACAAGCAUAUUUAGGCGUCGCGACUGGAAGGAAGCCGAGGAGGAGGACGUCGGCGACACCGGAACCGGGCCACUGCCUGACAGCGACGAGGAGGCCAAGACCGAGGCCAAGCCAGAGGUGAAGACAGCUGCAAAAGUUACGACAGGUGUGCCGAACCCGGUUGUGUGGUUCGAUGUGUCAGUAGCUGACAAGCCGCGCGGCCGCUUGCACUUUGAACUUUUUCGAGACCUGCUGCCUGUGGCCUCAGAGAACUUCCGGAAGCUUUGCGCCGGCCAUGUUAACGACAGCGGGGAGAAGGUCAGCUAUGCGAAGACCUUUCUCGACCUCGUGCAUACCAAGACUUUCGCCACCGGCGGUGACAUCGACGCCAGCGUCCAGCUCGAAGCGAUCGAGCAAAGCGGCCCUCUGAGGCAUGCCAAGGCCGGGCUGUUAACAAUGGCAACCGGCAACGUGAGCUCGUUCGACCCCCGCUUUCAGAUCACGCUCGGUGCUGCGCCGAACCUGGACGGCAAGCAAGUCGUCUUCGGGCAGCUGCUGGCAUCACCAGGAGCGGCGCUGCAUCCGCUUCACUGGAUUGAGGCUGUGAGCACGUCUACCGGCACACCCAGAGAGGAGGUGCAAAUCGAAGCCUGCGGCGAAUGCACGACCGAGGAGUGCCAGGUUCUGCUGGGAGCGAUGGUAAUGGCAGCCCAGGUGGAUCGGACCUCCGAGAGCCAAGCGGAUCGCUAUGGUCGGACAGGCCACACGCAUGGUGAACUGGAGGAUGCUGUCACGAACGAGAACUUAUCCCAAGUUCUGGAACUCACAGAGGACCUGCUGGGGCAUCUCGAGUGGGCCUCCAAGCGCACUAUGUCUGACAGUGAGCGCGAUCGAAAAGCUGGCCAGCUCGAAGUCAAGUUAAAGUCGCUGAUGGGCGCCUUGCGCAAAGUGGCUUUCAAAGCAGGAGAGUUCAAUGGCUUUGAGAACAAGCUCGCCCUGGAUUCUAAAGGUCAACUUGGCCGCGCAAAGGAUUUGGAAGAAUCAUUGCUCCGCGUCUACUAG